UGUCACUUUGUGGGCUGGGUGACACGAAUGGAUGGGUUGGACACACCUUCCAGCCUACUAGAAAAAAAAAAAAAGGGUCCGGAUCUGCAUAGACAGCGGGAGGGACUCCCCCAGCGCCCUCAGAGCCUACGCCGCGGACCGGGGAAAAGCACAGCUCCCCCUCCCACAUUCACUCCUCCCCGCCUUUAAAAAAAACAACGCUCAGCGCAAAUAAAUAAUAUCGUUCCCAGCCCGCCAGGGUCCUCGGUGUCCUCGCCUCCUCUGCCGGCUGAGCGCGCUCCAGCGCGGCGGGAGGCGAGCGCGCAGAGGCCGCGGCGCGCAUCAUGCUCCCCAGCGCCGUGGCGGCCCACGCCGGCGCCUACUGGGACGUGGUGGCUUCCUCCUCGCUCCUGAACUUCCCGGCCGCGCCGGGCUUUGGCAACCUGGGCAAGAGUUUCCUGAUCGAGAACUUGCUGCGGACUGGGGGCGCCCCGCCGCUCGGACUACCACCGCCCCAGCACCACGGCUCGGCAGCGGCUCUCGGCGCGGGCGCGCAGGUCCGGCCCCUGCCGGCCAGCCCGGUUCCGCUCAAGUUGUGCCCGGCGGCAGAACCAGUCAGCCCCGGCGGGGCGCCCUACGGCACACGGUGGGCGUUUCAAGUGCUCAGCCCCUCGGCGGACGGCGCCCGGCUGCCGGGCCGGGCUCCGGGGGACCCGGACUGUGCCUUCCAGCCACCAGCCCCAGCGCCUUCCAAGCCUUUUUUUCUGAGCGCCCCACCAUUCUACUCGGCGUGCUGCGGUGGGUCCUGUCGGCGCCCCGCAUCCCCCACUGCUUUUGCAAGAGAAGAGAGUGUACUGCCUCUUCUGACCCAAGAAUCUACUUCCAAAGCUCGGAGGGGCAUUUUAAGAAGAGCUGUCUUUUCUGAGGACCAGAGAAAGGCUCUGGAGAAAAUGUUUCAGAAGCAGAAAUAUAUCAGCAAAACAGACCGAAAGAAACUUGCCAUCAACUUGGGACUGAAAGAAUCACAGGUGAAAAUCUGGUUUCAGAACAGAAGAAUGAAAUGGCGGAAUUCCAAAGAAAAGGAAGUACUUUCCAACAGGUGUCUCCAAGAAGUAGUCCUUCAAGAGGACCCCCUCUCGCGAUCGGCUCUAGGUUUCCCUUCUCCAUGUGCUUCACUCUGGGAAGUCUCCCAGCAGCACUUGAGUCCAGGAUGGAGGGAGAAUUCGCCUGAACCUUCGGAGAGACUAAUCCAGGGGAGUCCAGGGGCAGAGGCACUGCCCCCAGAUGCAAAGUCACUGCAAGGUGCCUUGUAUUUGUGUUCUGAAGAGGACGCAAGAGACGAGAGUGUACUUACUGGCACAGUGUGAAUGGACACAGUCUGCCAUGUUAACUUAAAAGAACGCUUGAUUAAUAACAUUCGGGCUUUAAAGCCUGCUAGCUUUGCCUCAUCAGUGCCUAAUGCCUAAUACCUUAGGAGUGAAACAUGGACUAAUGUUUUAGGAAGCUGUCUCCAGUGUUCUCUUAUUUGGGUCCUAGACUCAGAUUUAAUUUGUAAGCGGAACAGAAUCUCCUGGAAAUUGCAAUGAAGCUAAAAAAAAAAAA